AGGAGUUCGAAAUAGACACUUCCGGCACGAUCAGACGCACAGAACGUCGAGACUGAGAGAAUCUACCUAGCUCGAGAGAAAACGCCCGACCGAAAGACCUGCAAACAUGUCUACGACCGUCGCAAAGAUCAGCGCCAUCCAGGAUGAGAUGGCCAAGACCCAAAAGAACAAGGCCACGUCGUACCAUUUGGGUCAACUGAAAGCGAAGCUCGCCAAGCUCCGAAGAGAGCUGAUCGAGCCCAAGUCGAGCGGGGGUGGACCCGGUAUCGGUUUCGAUGUCGCCAAGACCGGUGUGGCGAGUGUCGGUUUCGUUGGGUUCCCUUCAGUGGGAAAGAGUACUUUGAUGUCCAAGUUGACUGGAACAGAGAGUGAAGCUGCAGCAUACGAGUUCACAACGCUGACGACCGUACCAGGAAGUCUGAAGAUGAACGGAGCUGCCAUUCAGAUUCUCGAUCUUCCCGGAAUUAUCGAGGGAGCCAAGGACGGAAAAGGUCGAGGUCGACAGGUCAUUGCCGUCGCAAGGACGUGUAACUUGAUCUUCAUCGUGCUCGACGUCUUGAAGCCCCUGAACGAUCUGAAGGUCUUGACAAACGAAUUGGAGGGUGUCGGGAUCAGGUUGAACAAGAAACCUCCCAACAUCACCAUCAAGCAGCGAGAACGAGGAGGGCUUUCGGUCACCCACACCGUACCUCUUACCAAUAUCGAUCAGGACGAGAUCCGAGCCGUCUGUUCGGAAUACCGAUUAAACAGCGCUACCAUCUCCAUCCACGAGCCCGAUUGCACGAUUGACCAGGUCUUGGACGUACUGGAAGGAAACCGUGUCUACAUUCCUGCUGUCUUCGUCUUGAACAAGAUUGAUGCCAUCUCUAUCGAGGAGCUCGACCUCUUGUAUAAGAUUCCUCACUCGGUACCUAUCAGUUCGAAGCAAUGGUUGAACAUUGAUGAGCUGUUGGAGGUCAUGUGGGACAAGCUGGCCUUGGUCCGAGUCUACACGAAGCCCAAGGGCAAAGCACCGGACUACACCGAGCCGGUCGUCUUGCGAACAGGGAAAUCGACAGUCGGACACUUUGCCGAGUAAGCCGAUCCUGCUUCGAAAGGAAUCGACCACAUGUUUACACGUAAUUCUCGCCCUCGUACGCAGUGCUAUCCACUCGACUAUCAGGGAAGACUUCAAGCAUGCUCAAGUCUGGGGAGUGAGUCGAUCGCGGAGUUGUCGUGACGAACUGAAUCCGCUCGUGUGCUGAUCAUCUACACCAAAUACCAGACUUCCGUACGUCAUCCUGGGCA